AUGGCGCUCUCCUCCUGCGGGCCGCGCCUGGCCGCCUUCCUUCGCGUCCCCGGCAGGUUCCCCCUCAGCUGGCCGCGGCUGUCUUCCGGAGCGCCGCCGCAAGGGGAGAACGUGGUCCGGAUCCCCCGCGCGUGGCAGCUGCGGCUGGGACGGGAGUCCAACGCGGCGCGAAGGGCCCGCCUGGCCGCAGCCGGCCCGGUCAUCCGGCCGCGGACGCUGCUGCUGCGGAGCCGUCGGCAGGAGCUGAACCAAGGCGCGGGCCUCACGGUCGGGCGCUGGGAGCGGCCGUGCUUGGUCUCGGACGGCUGGAAGCAUCGCCUCUCCCGGGGGGAUUAUUUCCAGUUGGAGCGGACGAGGCAGAAGCCGCCCCAGGAGCGGGGUGAAGCCGGCGUUCCCUCCUCUUUUCUGGACCUGGGAGUGGAGCCGCGGGUGGCCUCCGCCCUGCAGGAGGCUCUGGCCAUCUCCGAGCCCACUGCUGUGCAGAAGCGGACCAUCCCUGCCUUGCUGCGGGGGCACAACGCUCUGUGUGCUGCAGAGACCGGCAGCGGCAAGACCCUGGCCUAUCUGCUGCCCCUGGUCCAGCGGCUCGUCCAGGGACAGAGUUUGUUCUCAGAGUACGCUUCCAUCUUCUCCCCCCGAGCUGUGGUGGUUCUGCCGUCGCGGGAGCUGGCGGGGCAGGUGCACAGCAUCGCCUCUUCCUUGUGUCUGAGGUUGGGCUUGCAAGUGAAAGAGAUCGGCGGAGGCCGGGGCACCAGCGAUGUCCGUCGGAAGCUGCGCUCCGGACCCGCCGAUCUCCUGGUGACCACACCGGGUGUGCUGUGCACAGCUUUGCGAAAGCAAAUGCUGUCCUUGGAGAAGAUGUGCUUCCUGGUGCUGGAUGAAGUGGACACCUUACUGGAUCCCUCGUUUGUAGACCUGGUGGAAGAUGUGCUGCAGCAUACUCAAAUUGCUAUGAGCUCCAAGGAAAUAAAAGACGACUGGGAUCCAAAAACCCAGCUGGUUGCUAUGGGAGCCACCCUCCCAAAGGGGCUGGGCGAUCUGUUGAGCAACGUAGUCGACUUAGGCAGCUUCAGCAUCCUGACAAGCUAUCACCUGCACCGCCUUCAGCCUCAUGUGGAACAAAAAUUCAUGCGCCUGAAGGGCUGCGACAAAGCGUCUGAGCUGCUACAGCUCAUCAAAGAUCGAGGACCCUCCUCUGGAGCAGUUCUGAUUUUCUGCAAUGGCGCCAGCACCGUCAACUGGCUUGGUUAUAUCUUGGAUGACCACAAGGUGAAACACCUCCGACUGCAGGGAGGGAUGCCGGCAGAUAUGAGAGCCAAAAUCUUCACUACCUUCCAGAAAGGACAAUUUGACAUCCUGGUAUGCACUGAUAUAGCCUCCCGGGGACUGGACACCACACAAGUGGAGCUGGUGGUCAACUAUGACUUCCCGCUGACAUUGCAUGACUACUUGCAUCGAGUGGGGAGAGUUGGUCGCAUAGGCAGUAAGUUUCUGGGAACUGUGAUCAGCUUUGUCACCCACAGGUGGGAUGUAGAUCUGGUCAAGAAAAUAGAAACUGCCGCUCGCAAACAGGCUCCUCUGCCAGGCAUGGAGCCUCCAGUUAAGAAGUCUUAAAAAGAGGUCCAAGUCCAACUGAAGACUUUGUGCCUAAAAUAACUCUUGAAUAAACAUGUAACCUCACAGUGCUGAUCCCAGGUGCAGUAUAAUGUUUUGUAAAUUUCACCUGAGGAUCUGAACACACCCAUACACCCAGCAAAUCCCAACCAAAGACAUGGCAAUGCAACCUAAGAAGCACAAAAUAAAGUUGCAAGCGUAAAUAUCUGCUACCUUGGAAUUGCUGAACUUGUAUGGGUUGAUGUUUCUGUGUGCUGGCUGCCUUUGUAUGUGGACUGUGUUAGGGGCUGGAGAGUGGCAUGCUGGACCUGAUCGUCUGUCUGAUUUAGCAAUUCGGUGCCUCAUGGAAUCUAGGGGAGGAGCAGCAACCAAAUAGGCCAGGGCAGCUAGGGAAUUUUUAUAAGAGUCAGACUUUACCCCUCACACAAACACACAUUUGUGUAAACUGUGAUAUUAACAUAGGAAGGUGGGACCAACAGUUGUGAAAUAUGUGCUUGUUCAACAGCAGUGCACUAGCUCAGUGUGAGCAGGAUUGGGCUAUGUACCCAGUAAAUAGUAAUUGGUAUGAUUUGAGUCUAGAUUCCAGGUUUGUUUAAGGAAACCAUCUUUGUGCAACCAUUCUGUCUGAAAGUCAAGUCUAUAGCCCUAUAAAUGGGUGGGCUUCUUUGGCAUGCACUGACAGGUGCAACAUUGGAGUUGGACAUAUGUCAAGAUUACUUAGUAAGACCAUAUUUCAUUGUAAAUUGAUCCCCUUGAGCGCAUAUAUGUGUGUCUGUGUGCAAUAAGUCCAGAGGAGUUUGCCGUAUUAGUCUGUAGUAGCAAAAUCAAAAAGA